GCGGGCGGGCCGGGGGACGGCGGGGCGCGCGUGCGAAGCUCGGCCGACCUCCCUUUCUCUUUUCCCGUUCAGCGUCACCUCGGCCUCAGCUGGUCUGAGCCCUGCUAGGUGGGAAGCAUGAGCGGCAGCAACUUGAAUAGGAACGACGAGUUUGAUGAGCAGUUGCGAAUGCAAGAAUUGUACGGAGACAGCAAAGAAGGUGAUACCCAAGAUGAACCCAGUGAGGAAACGGAGUCUCUGGGGCAGCAGUCGGCUGACACCCCCUACGAAUGGGACCUGGACAAGAAGGCUUGGUUCCCCAAGAUCACCGAAGAUUUCAUUGCUACCUAUCAGGCUAAUUAUGGCUUCUCUAGUGAUGGCGCAUCUAGUUCUACUGCACAAAACCCAGGCACCAGUGUGAGAACUGAAGAAGAUCUUCCACAAAGAAAAACCCAGGAACUCACUGAUCCCAGAAAGAAAGGAGAGAAAAGAAAGGCUGAAUCAGGAUGGUUUCAUGUUGAAGAAGACAGAAAUACAAACGUUUAUGUGUCUGGUUUGCCUCCAGACAUUACAGUGGAUGAAUUUAUACAGCUUAUGUCCAAGUUUGGUAUUAUUAUGAGAGAUCCUCAAACAGAAGAAUUUAAAGUCAAACUUUACAAAGAUAACCAAGGAAAUCUUAAAGGAGACGGGCUUUGUUGUUAUUUGAAGAAAGAAUCUGUGGAACUUGCAUUGAAACUUUUGGAUGAAGAUGAAAUAAGAGGCUACAAAUUACAUGUCGAGAUGGCAAAGUUUCAACUGAAGGGAGAAUAUGAUGCCACAAAAAAGAAAAAGAAAUGCAAAGACUAUAAGAAGAAACUGUCUCUGCAACAAAAGCAGUUGGAUUGGAGACCUGAAAGGAGAGCCGGACCAUCCCGAAUGCGCCAUGAGCGAGUCGUCAUCCUCAAAAAUAUGUUUCACCCUUCAGAUUUUGAGGAUGAUCCAUUGGUGCUGAAUGAGAUCAGAGAUGACCUUCGAGUAGAGUGUUCAAAGUUUGGACAAAUUAAAAAGCUCCUUCUGUUUGAUAGGCACCCUGAUGGUGUGGCCUCGGUGUCCUUUAGGGAUCCAGAGGAAGCUGAUUAUUGCAUUCAGACCCUUGAUGGAAGGUGGUUUGGUGGCCGUCAGAUCACUGCCCAAGCGUGGGAUGGCACUACAGAUUAUCAGGUGGAGGAGACCUCAAGAGAAAGGGAGGAAAGGCUGAAAGGAUGGGAGACAUUCCUCAAUGCGCCUGAGGCCAACAGAGGCCUUCAGCGUUCCAGUUCUGUCAAUGCUUCAGAAAUGGCAGGGCCUUCUAGAAUGAGGCAUUUUUCAGAGCCCCAGAGCACACUGAAAAUGAAUGCUCAAGAAGCUGAAACUGGAGUGGUAUUUGAAGAACCUAUUGAUGAGAAGAAGUUUGAAAAGAUAGAAGAUGGAAGAGAAUUUGAAGAAGAUGCUUAUGGAAAAGAAUUUGAAGAAGAUGCUUAUGGAAAAGAUACUAAAGGAGACGAGCUUGAAAAAGAGAGCACAGAAGACUGCCCUGAAAAAGAAUCUGAAGAGGGCUGCUCCAAGAGAGAGGCUGGAGGAGACUGCCCUGAAAAGGAGUUUGAAGAGGGUAGUCCUAGAAAAGGGUUGAAAGAGAAUGGCUCUGGAAGAGAAUUGAAGAAGAGACUCAAGAAAGACGAUAAAGAGAACGGCCUUGCCAAUGAGUCUGAAGAUGAUGCUGAUAAGGAGUCUAAAGGGGAGGGCAGCUCCAAAAAAGAAUCGGAAGAGGAUGACUCCGAGAAGGAAUCUGAUGAAGACUGUUCGGAAAAACAGUCUGAAGACAGAUCUGAAAACGAAGUAGAAGAAAAUGGUGUCAAACAAGAUUUUGAUGAGGAUGGCUCUGACCGGGAGUUCCCCGAAAACCUUCUUGACAAAGAGUUAGAAGACAGUGACACUGACAAAUCAGAAUUAGAAGGCUCCGAAAGAGUUUUAGAUGUGGAAGACUCCGAGAGAGAGUUUGAUGAAGAGUCGGAUGAAAAGGAUGAAGAGGAGAUGUAUGAAAAGGUUUUUGAUGAUGAGUCAGAUGAGAAAGAGGAUGAAGAUGCAGGUGGAAAAGGGCAUGAAGAUGCUGAGGUAAAAGAGGAAGAAGAUGACAAAGAUGAAAAGCUGUUUGAAGACUCAGAUGAACAGGAAGAUGAGGAAGAUGCAGAUGGAAAAGAAGGCGAAGAUUUAGAUGAAAAGUUUUUUGAAGAUGACAACUCCAUUAAGUUUGAUGAUGAUAGUUCCUUUGAGAAGAUAUUUGAUGAUUCCGAUGAGAGGGGGACUCUGGGGAAUGUGCAGGAAGAGGGGCCACUCUCCACAGGCAGCAGCUUUGUUCUCAGCAGUGAUGAUGACAGUGAUGAUGAUGUCUAAUCUAAGCUUACUUUCUAGGGUGAGUCUCCAUCUGCAUUUGCCUGUGCUUCAGGGUCGUUGCUAGUAGUGUUAUGUGAACAUGCGUUUAGUGGUAGGAUGCUGUCAGAUUAAUGCAUCGGUUUUUUUAUUGUCUCCUUUACCUAAUAAUUUUAAAUGUAUGUUACUUGGCUGUUCAGGCAAAGCUGUUAUAAUGCAGAUAAACUGGAUACUUGUCCUUUUGUCAAAUUUGUUAAAUGCAUGCAGAAUAAUAUUUUUAAAAGUAUUCUGAU